UAUAGAUUUUUAGGUCUUUUCUAUUUUUUACAUUUAGGUAGUUAUGAACGAAAGUUUUAAGCGUUAUUUUCCUUCUGCAUCUGUACCUCUUCCUACCCAUAAUCCUUUACAAUUAUUACAUUGGAAGGAUCAAGAGCGUCAACAUAAUACUUGGUAUUUGGAAAAAUAUAAUCGUCUUCAAGAUUCUCGCAAGCAGCCUUUGGUCAACAAAAUGAUUUGCAUUUAUCACAAUUAUCGUGAGCUCGAGACUUUUUGCAUUCAUCCGCUACUUUUUUCUCACGAUCUCAUUAGUAAGGAGACCAGGCUGCUUUUCUGUAUCAAGGAUCAGAUUGAUGGUUCAAUUCGUUACAAAUUUCGUGUAAAGUUUGUCUCUCAAGAUGAAGUAAUUUCGUUUUGUUCUGCGGUGGCUGGAUAUGUUACAAUUAAAUCUUAUGAGGAAUGGUCAAAACAAUCUGAAGGUGCGAGAACUCCAACAUUUUCCGAACGGGGUAGAACUCCAAUGUCAGAGAAAGGGAAUAUUACUCCAUUGGAGCAAACUUUUGACACAACCAUUGUAAACGAGACUGAUGCCAGCGAAAGUGUUUCUGCAAAUCGUGCUCCGGCUGAAGAUAAAACUGGAACAAACGGGCAGAAUAUCAUUAAUGUUCACAUUGAGAAUCUGAUAUCUGUUGAGGCUAUGCGCGAAUUUGGGAAUAUUUUACUUCAAAUAGUCGACAAAUGUAUUUCUUCUAAUAAGAAGGAACGCAACAAGAAAACCCAGAUGCAACAAGAAGGACCAAAUAUCCAAUCUACUUCGACAAUUCAGCCUGCUCUUCCAUCUACUACAAAAUUAACUGCGAAGCGUGGUCGCAAACCCAAUCCAGAUAAUAAUGAGCCUGUAGCUAAGAAGAGGAGAGAUAUGAAUCCCUCUAAAUGGAGAAUUUAUGAUUUUGAGCGUCAAUUGCUUCAAAUGGUGAAGGAGGAAAAGGCGGAGAUACACAGAGCGAGAACUCCUGGGACUAAAUACAAUCUUCGUGGCAUUUCAGAUGAAAUCGAGUGA